UAUUACAAUUCACGGCAUGGCAAAAGACCACUGUUGAACUUUCUGUCACAUUACAAAAAUAUUGACCUUCUUCUAGUUUAUACACCCAUUCGUUUGUGUCUGUACAACAAUAAACCAUUUACUAGCAAUCUGGAACAGUUCUGAGCAGAUCAAUACGAUCAAUACCGCAUUCUGAACCCACGAUUGCAAUAUUCAACUUGAUCCGUUAUUUUUUUUGCUAUCUAAUACUUGAGGAUGUCUGCUAAUACCGAACACGAUGCACUUGUCUCGGCAUACUCACAUUUAAAAGGGAAAAAGAGAAGCUGAAGCUCUUCAUUCUCUUAAGAAGAUUGCAUCUCUGGUCAAACCUAUCAUGAGAGCACGUCAUUGGCGUGUAGGUACUUUGACUGAAUUCUACCCAGAUCAACGGAGUCUACUAGGUAUUCUAACUCGCUCUUCAAAUCCAUAGCAGUUAUAUCUAACUUUCAGGACUAGGUCUUAACGUAAACAACGGAGAAAAAAUAUGUCUACGAUUGAGAUAUGCGGGAGAUCAGAACCAAUUUCUGCCGAUGGAAGAGGUCGUAGAUACAAUGCUUCACGAAUUAUGCCACAACGAAAUUGGACCUCACAAUCAGCAAUUUCAUGCUCUAUGGGAUCAACUCCGGAAGGAACAUGAAGGCUUGACAAAUAAAGGAUAUACUGGCGAGGGUUUCUUGUCAGAGGGGAGGAGCUUGGGUGGACGAAGAGUACCACGACACGAAGCUGGACGUCUUGCUCGCACAGCCGCGGAGAAAAGGCAGAAAUCAUUGGUAGGGUCCGAUCAAAAACUAGGAGGUCGACCAGUACCAUACGGCAGCGAUAUUCGAAAGGUAAUCGUCGAUGCGAUCGAACGUCGAAACAAAGUCCUCAAAGGUUGUGGAGAGAGCAGGAUGAAUCCAAUCGAGAUUAAAGAUUUGGCCGAUGAAGCUACGAAUAAUGGAUUCAAAACACUUGCAGAGAAAGAUGCGGCUAAUGAGGCAGCCAUUGCACAAGCCAUGUGGGAGCUUGUUCAAGAAGAUCAGAAAAAGGAGGAUGGGGAACUUAAUGUCCCUCCUUCAGCCCAGAAUUCAGCAGGAAAUGGCGGUGAUAAUACCGGGGGACGCGCAUCGGAUGGAAAGCCUAAAUCCUUGCCUGAACAACCUUCACGUAGACAGCCCUCAACCUCGGGUUCGACCUCGGUUGGAUUUAGAAGACCUAGACAACCUUUGGGCCAUGUAAGCCGCCUGGUCUCCAAAAGUUCGAACAACGAGUCAAAGAAGUCCGUGAAGCCAAAAGCUCCUGAAAACGAGCCUGCACAAGGGCCAAUAUACUCGGCACCUGUAUUGACAGGAUGGACGUGCCCUAUAUGUACGCUUCACAAUCCAGUCGACUUCUUGUGCUGUGAUGCCUGCACUAGCGAAAGGCCAGAAAGUAUCACGAAACAUGUUAGUCAGAAUGUCGAUAGGAAAGCCGCUAGAAAGCCUGCUCCACCAGAACCACAAAUGUGGACUUGUCGAUGGUGCAGUACUAAAAUGGAAAAUCAAUGGUGGACUUGCUCUACCUGCGGGAAAAUGAAAGAAAGUUCUUGAGGUGAAGCAACUGUUUAAUGAUCACCUUUCCGAGCAAGAUGGUUAUUUGAAGAUAUGAAUGGAGUACAUGAGCUUUUCGGCGGUUAUCGAAAAACUUAGUGGGAUACACACCGGUAGAGUUCUUUUAUGACGGGUUUCACACAGCUAGGGCAGCUUACGUGCUGAAUGAUUUUAUGGUGAUCGAGCUUCCCGUCAAGCAUUUGCCGCGUUCUCCGAGUGGAUACAUGAUUAUGAAUCUUGCGAUUUGGGUUGUCGUCCUAUAUCCGAACAUCCAAUUUUAUAUUCGGCUUUUAUAUUUUUCCCCUUUCCCAACGCGCCCCACGCAUCAGAAACACCACGGCCGUCUUCGCGGGUGAUGUCAGUAACAAUGAUGCAUUUUCUUUUUCUUGUAAAAGAAAACACAUUUUAAUUCCUUCAAAAUGUGAUUCGCAGUGGCAUAAAUCAAGUUCAAUUCGUUAUGGCUGGUACCGCCAAGCUUCGAGCUUCCCUAGCCAAGAGGAAGAAAUGUUCGUUUGUCCGGGUGUGUACGAUGACUCCACGCACGUCUUGCACACGAUACUCCAUUCCAAACUUCAGACAUGGUAUUUUAUAACCAAUUUAAUGAUGUCUUAGCAAAAGCAUCAUGGUAUAAAGACUUAUUGAAGGAGGGGAAUACGUGGGGAAUUUACUGGCUCUGUGAAGUCUCUUUGAAAGUUGUGGGUUAAAAAGAGCGACGUGGUUUGAUGCCGAAGCUGGAGCAUAUUUUUAAUAAGCAUAAGGUUCAAAUAUUAUAAAUUAGAUGUUGAUGAAGAAAUGGGAGGUUGAGAAUGAAGGUAGAUGAUAGUCUAUUUUGGGCAAGAUUGUUUUCAACAUGUGUGUUUGCCGUUCAUUCCGUUUUUGGAUUCAUUAUGGGUGGUCAAAUAUUUCAAGUAUUAAAAAUGGUAGUAAGAUCUUCUAGUCGAACGCAUGGCGGACUCGAUGGCCUAGAGUUUUCCCAAAAGACUCCUAGUCGAGAUAAGGGUGCAGGAGACUAUUGAAUAUAACACGGCCUGGAUAUUUAUAAAUCAGAACAAGAAAGAUAGAUUCCCAUGUAUUUAUUCAUCGAUAUAA